GACCAUAUACUCACCCUAUCAAGCAUAUACACUCCCUACCAAGCAAAUACCCUCCCUACCAAAUUACCAGGUCAGAGGCAAUUUGCAUUCAUACGAUGCCUUAAUAAGACUGGGCCCCUGCUGUUCUCUCUAAAAAUAAAAUAAACAUCUUUGCAGUUCAUUUGAUCUUCCAUCACAAACGUCUAAAAAUAUACACCCAGUCGCAUCUGCAGCCGACCAAUAUUUGAGCUGCAGCCUACACAGACAACCUGGCUCAGUUUAGCGUUCCAUGGCAUUCAUUAAUUCAUUUGUCAUUCAUUAAUUCCCAUGAUUUUGGAUGAGAGAGGAUGCUAAUUGUUUCAUAACAUCACCAUCUCCAUCCACAGCACCAGACUCUUAUCAAGUGACAAGGCUGUAUGCGUUUCUCCCAGUCUCCACAUCUUAGGGAGAAAUGGAAAUAACCUGUCACUGCCACAUAUACCUCCUGUAAACAGGACCCUCUGGGCACAGACAUCAGUUCAAUGUUUAGUUUUGAUUUACAUUUGAUUGAGUUGUCAAAUACCCUAAAUUCAACAUGAAAUCAAAAAAAAAAUGUCACCAUGUCAUUGGAUUUAGGUUAAAAUGCCCUUUUGUUGAUGACUUUUUACAAAUCCAAUACGUUUUCCAUGUUGACUCAAUGUCAUCACAUCGAUUUUUUGGGGGGUUGAAAUGACAUGGAAACAACGUUCAUUCAACCAAUUUUUGCCAAGUGGAGAAUGACGUUGAUGGGAGUUCUGUACUAUAGUCCUCUGCUGUGCCUGCUCUUGAACAGUAGUUCUGUGAUGGUUGAGACAGGGAUAUUACAUUGUGGAUGCACAUGCAGCUGAGGUAGAUUGAUUGGCAACCUUGUCAGUACAGUUAUUGAUGCCUAGAGUUGGUCUGAAUGGCAUCCUAAUGUGACUGAUGUCAUGUCUUCCUAUAACGUGACUGACGGAUGACGUCAUGCGGUGACUAAGCCCUGGCCAGUUGUCUUCCAUCCAGGUCUUAGGGUGGUGUUUCCUGGCUGUAUGAGGAGGAGGCAUGGCUUGCUGAGAUGUCGUGGACGAUCACAUCACUCUGCUCGACGUGCUGCUGCUGUGCGGGCCUGGCUCCUCCAGCUGCACCACUGCAUCACUGAUGGUGCCAUGAUCCAGCUCUAACUGUGGGUAAUGACGAGACAUAAAACCAAUCCUGGAGAUGCCGAAGAGAAGAGACAUUCUUGCCAUCGUGUUGAUAGUGUUACCGUGGACUCUGCUCAUCACCGUUUGGCACCAAAGUGCAAUCGCUCCGCUGCUCGCCAUCCGCAAGGAUGAUGGAGCCGACGGAGGACGGAGGGACGUGGGCCAGGCCAGCGACUCUAAGGAGUACUGCUCCUCUGAUAAGGACAUAGUUGAGGUGGUGAGGACGGAGUACGUGUACACACGGCCGCCACCAUGGUCCGACGUGCUGCCCACCAUCCACAUCAUCACCCCAACCUACAGCCGCCCGGUCCAGAAGGCAGAGCUGACGCGGCUGGCCAACACCUUCCUCCACGUGGCCAACCUGCACUGGAUCCUGGUGGAGGACUCUCAGAGAAGGACCCCGCUGGUCACACGCAUGCUCAGGGAAACGGGCCUCAACUACACCCACCUGAACGUGGAGACUCCCAGGAACUAUAAGCUGCGUGGGGACACGCGGGACCCCAGGAUACCCCGGGGCACCAUGCAGAGGAACCUGGCGCUGCGCUGGCUCAGAGAGACCUUCAAUUCCAACAGCAGCCAGGCGGGCAUUGUCUACUUCGCUGAUGACGACAACACCUAUAGCCUGGAGCUAUUUGAGGAGAUGAGGUCAACAAGGAAGGUAUCUGUAUGGCCCGUGGCCUUCGUUGGUGGUUUGCGCUACGAGUCGCCCAAGGUCAACGCAGCGGGCAAGGUGUACGGCUGGAAGACUGUAUUCGACCCUCACCGGCCCUUUGCCAUCGACAUGGCAGGCUUCGCCAUCAACCUGCGGCUCAUCCUCUUCAAGCCCCAGGCCUACUUCAAGCUGCGGGGAGUGAAGGGAGGCUACCAGGAGAGCAGCCUGCUCCGAGAGCUGGUCACACUCAAUGACCUGGAGCCCAAAGCUGCUAAUUGCACUAAGAUUCUCGUUUGGCACACUAGGACAGAAAAACCUGUCCUUGUAAAUGAGGGGAAAAAAGGAUUUACAGACCCCAACGUCGAGAUUUGACGUUGUCUCCCCGGGCAAUGGUGGUUGUCUAAUAUGGACCCUGAGAAGAAAAAGAGGCCAUCUCCCAGUGCAAACAGUGUUCAUGUCUUAAUCAUCUCAGAAAAGACUGCCUCGGGAGCAAAAUCCUAAUCCCCUUGACUGAAACUAAACACUUUUAAUAUUGAGAUUAAAACAGUACAAAUGUAUCAUAUUAAAGCACAGAUUAGUUCAAGAUGGCAAUAUUUAUCAGGUUAAUUGUUGCUAGCAGCACCAACAUCAAGCAGACGGUGAGAGCUGAGUCAUUAAGGAUCAACGGGAGAUGCUCUCGGAACCUGCAUGGUACCAUACUGCGUCUGUAGUGUCCUAACACGAGACAGCACAACACAAACAUUGCAGGGAGAGAGGGAGUUAAGCAGCCAAUGAGAUGGAACAUUACUGGCCUGAACAGGCUAAUGAGAUAUCCAUUGUCUUGCCCUCUAUAGACGUGGAUCUACAGGGCAGGGGAUGAGAUCUUGAGAUCUUAGUAGGGUCUGUAAGAGACUGGAGGAUCUGAUUGAACACUGAGCCCCUGGACACCUUUAAUAGACAUGUACUGAAAUGUCCUCCACGUCUUCAGACCGAACAAUAAUGGAGAAUCCGAGCAAGUCAUCUCUCAGAAAAUCAAUUCUACUUUCAGCAAACACUGAAAUUUCAAAAGGGAAGGAAUGUCCUUUUUGUAUAACUAAAACUGUCUGCUUUUAUUUAAUUUGUUUGUUUUUGGUGUUUAAAUACAUUUUCUUGCUAGUUCAAUA